CGUAUCCAUCCGAUCAACUCAAUAUUGAACACUGCUGCUGAUCCAACCUGAAGCUCUCGGCACUAUCUCCUUACACACUGCCAAUGGAUAAUACUGCCACACUUCCAGACUUGCGACGCAAGGUCGUCACAGUCGCUGCCGGUGAAUCUCACACUCUUGCUCUCUCAGGUGAUGGGUGCGUGUAUUCGUGGGGACGAGGAAUGUUUGGGCGACUCGGUACCGGUUCUGAAUCCGACGAGCCGUGUCCAGUUCGAGUCAAUUUUGACAUUUCUGGUCAAUCAGAAAGUAAGAAGCUUAAGAUUGUUGGAAUUGCUGCUGGUGCUUAUCAUAGUGUUGCUCUUGCAGAUGAUGGCUCGGUGUGGUGUUGGGGCUACAACCUCUAUGGCCAACUUGGUGGUAACGAAGAGAAUUCUGUGGUACCCUGCUUGAUGGAGCAGUUUCUUGACUCUUUGACUGAUGAAUCCAAAGCAAAGUAUAAAGCACCAAUAAAGAUUUGUUCUGUCAGAGCUGGUGGAAUGAUGUCUUCUGCUAUUGAUAAUAUUGGGGCCUUGUGGAUAUGGGGAAACUGCCCUCAGCAAACCAGCAAUAGUGAAGCUUCUUUCUCUCUUGUAAGCAGUUUUACUCCUAGUCCUGUCUGGGAUUUCUAUGGUCACACUGUUGUGAAGGUGGCUUGUGGAAAUGAACAUGUUGUAGCCCUAGUUAGCGCUGGAGAAACAUAUAAAGGUGAAGAUCUAGUAUGCUAUUCUUGGGGUAAUAACAACCAUGGUCAAUUAGGCUUGGGAGAUAGAGAGCCCCGGACGCGUCCUGAAAUCAUUGAGACGUUUAAACAGGACUCACCUUGGGCAGUUUAUGAGGCAGCAUGUGGGUCGUUCCACACAGCUUUGCUUACUCAUAAAAAGAGACCAAGUGACACAUUAGGAAGUAUGUGCUGGACAUUUGGCCUUGGUGAGAAUGGUCAGCUUGGCCAUGGAACGACCCAAAGUGUAUUGGUUCCUGAACCUGUAAAAGAAUUACCACAGUAUGCAUAUCUAAUCUCUGUUGACUGUGGCUUAUUUCACACUAGCGUUGUUUCAUCUGCUGGAGAAGUGUGGUCGUGGGGAAUGGAAAGAGGUCUUGGUCUAUGCCCGGAUGCUAGAUUUGCCAAUGGUGAAACAGGGGAUGCUCAUUCUCCCCUCCUAAUUCAGUGUAAUGGGCUUCGUGAACCCAAAUUUCAGGAUCCUGUUCAAGUUGCUUGUGGGGCUGCUCAUACUGUUCUUGUCACACAUGAUGGACUUAAACUCUGGUCUUGGGGCAGGGGUAGAAGUGGGGUUCUAGGAAAUGGUAAGGCAGCGGAUUGUUUUGCUCCCAGUGUUGUGAUUUGGCCUCCACUAGCAGAGGAUUUCAAACAAGAGGAACCAAAGACUGCUGUUGGGGAAGAUAAAACUGGAGAGAAGGACUCUGAAAGAGUUGAAGAAACAGAUAACAAAUUGUCUUCAGCAAUGGAGGAGAUAAAGCUCCUUCAAUCAAAACUCACUUUAAUGGAAAGAUAUGCUAGUAUACUUCACGGCUCAGUUUUUGGUAAACCUUUUGAAGAGCAGGAUAUUCCGAUGUCAUUGAGAAACACGGGUUUUUUUGACAUUACAAAGGAAUGGGAAAACAUGUUAGAAUCAGUGGAUCGGAGUAAGCUUUUAAGGUUGGAAAUGUUCUAUACAAACAUGCUUGGUGGUGUCAAGGAUAAAUUAAUGAAGAGAAGGAUCCAGGAGAUAAUAAAGGAGACUCUUGCUUCAACUACAGGGAAAUAACUUAGUGGGUCGCAUUUUAGUUGAAUUGAGGAAAGAUCGCGCUUGUACCAAACAAAAGCUUGUUGAUAUGUUCUACAAAGAGGGUUUAUUUCUUUACAUGAUCUUAUAAGAUUGGCUGAUUUCUUGUAGUGAAUGAUGAUGGGCUGCUUUGUGAUAGUUGGUGUUUAUUAUUUGUAAUGGUAAUUGUAACAAUACAAUACUGUGAUGUAUCCACGUCACAAAAUAAAGUGGGAUUAUGUGGCGGUUGUGGUUUCA